AUGGCGGACUUUGCGUUGCCACGGAUGUAUGGCAUCCCCUACGACCCUCGCCAGCCGACCAGCGAGUACAGGAAGUACAGCCACCCGGACAAGCAAUCGGUCUCCUUCUGGAGCUCAUGUGCGAUUAUAGCCGAGGAGGAAACUGAAAACAACCUGUCCACUUUGCUGCGGAGUCUUCCUCCUAAUACAUUGGGUAUGCACGCCCCCUCAUCAAACCUAGUGAAUAACGGUAGCUUACCAAGCACAGCAUCUUUCAGAGUCACACGGGGUAUUGUUCACGGCCAAGAGAUACUAGAAGCUUUGGAUAGGCAUUCCGGCUCUCUGCGGCGCCUUGUAUUUGCAAAACUGGGGCCAGGGGCGCUGAGUGCAUUGAAUCAACUCCGAAAUUGCAAUGCAUUGGAGAUUUUGUCUCUCGGCGCUUCGGACGUCAACGCGGACUUUGACUUCGCACGGUCAGAAACAGCAGUCUAUGAUCAGUGUGUGGAAUGGCUGCGAGGCUGUUACCAACUGAAGGAUCUCAGCUUGCUCCGUUUCCCAAGCGGCACGCAACUACUCAAGGAUUCAUUGGCAGGGCCAAAGCUGCGUCUCAAAUCUCUCACGCUGGUUGAAGUUGGGGCGAGUGCGCCCUGGUACCAUGAACUGCAUCACCAAGCGAAACUUGAGUGUUUGGAAGUUCAUGUUCCAGAUUUGGGACUUCUUGCACUUGGACCUGCUAGUGGGAGAUGCCAGGACCUUGCUGCAGGCAUAUCUCGCUGUCCUGAGUUGACCGAACUGCACGCGGAAGAUUACCUCUCGGUCGGUGAUAUCAGCAAGAUCAGCGAAGGGGCUUUGAAGUUGGAGCGUAUUAGCUUCAGCGGGACUCUGGUUCACGAUGAGCACCUCAUGCCGCUUGCAAAUCUCCCACGCCUAAAGGAAGUUCACAUAAUGGGUGACUCGUCAUUCACGGCCUCGGGUAUCCUGAGAUUCUUCGAUAAGAUGGAAGGGAACGCUGAUCACGACCAUCGGGGAUUUAGUUUCAGCGCGGCGUUCCAGCAAGGCACCUUGUUCGGGCUGAAAGAGGACAUGCGCCUUCGUGAGGCAGCCGAGCGAGCCUUUGGUGGCAAUGUUACUUUUACCUACGUUGACUCUGACGGAGAAGAUUACUACGGCGAGAGACCCAACCCUAACCGGUUCCUUGGUAGCCCCUGA